CUCAGAAUAUGCUCAACAAUAAAUGCAAGUCUCUUCUUUUUACCGGUGGAUUCUUUGGUCUGUUUUUAGAAGUAGUUAGAGUGAAAGUUAAAAGCCCACCACCUUUUGCAGAGCGUGUAACCAACAUCAACUUUAUGUCCCAAGAAACGGAAACACCGUGGAACAGAGAGAACGGCCUUCUCAGCUACGAAAAUCCUAAUUAUCAUCUAGAUCCGGCCCGGUUCGACGAUGCUCUGAAUUCCAAUUCGGAACUGUACGAUGAUUUGUAUCAAGAACUAGAUUCCGUUUGUAAUAUUUCUUCUAAAGAAGUAUUGGAAACUGGAGCAAGUCAAAAUUGUCCAGGACGAAGGAGUUAUGCUACAUUGGAUCUCAACUCGAUGGGGGUUGAUGUAUCUACUGGACCGAUCACCAUGGAUAACAGACUGGCCGAAAAUCACAUAUUUUCUGAAACUUUGAAAACCGAUAAUAAGCACAUGUCCGAUAUAAAAUCUAGUUUAUCGAAUGAAGAUAUAUAUGCAGUACCCGUAAAACGAAGAAAUGAACCAUCUACAGAAAAAUUAUCGGAAGUUUCAACUCCAGAAAAGGGUGAGACUGAAGAUCUUCCACCCGGCUGGGAAAAACACGAUGAUAAUGAUGGACCUUACUACUGGCAUAUAAAGAGUGGAACAAUACAAAGGGAAGCACCAUUGAUUAUGGCAGAUGAUGCAAGAAGAUCAUCUACAGAUAUUUUAGAUAGAAGUAGUAAACUAGAAAAUAGUCUUAUAUCGUCAGUAACACGCAGCAGUACCAGUUCUGCUUUAGAUCAAGAAUUAGAUGAAAGAAAGAAAAGAGAAGGCUUAGCUUAUAAGAGGAGAAGUUAUCCAAUCCGUCCAGAUCAAGAUAUACGAGAUCGUCCAAUAAGGUUUGCUGUGAGAUCUCUUGGAUGGGUGGAGAUUGCAGAAGAAGAUUUGACACCAGAACGGAGUAGUAAAGCUGUUAAUAAAUGUAUUAUUGAUUUGUCACUGGGUCGAAAUGAUCUGCUAGAUGUAGUUGGUCGCUGGGGUGAUGGCAAAGAUCUCUUUAUGGAUCUAGAUGAAGGUGCCUUGAAACUUAUGGAUCCUGAAAAUUUAACGACUUUGAACACACAACCUAUUCAUACUAUUCGGGUAUGGGGGGUCGGUAGAGAUAACGGCCGAGAUUUUGCGUACGUCGCACGAGACAGGUCAACUAGGAAACACAUGUGUCACGUAUUUCGAUGUGAUAUACCGGCUAGGACUAUUGCAAAUACUUUAAGAGACAUUUGCAAAAAAAUUAUGAUAGAACGAUCCCUUCAACAAAGCUUAUCUAGGCCAUUUGAUGACGGCGGCCCCGUGCGGCCAACAAAUCUACCAACGGAGAGAAGAUGGAAUAACCGUGGUGGGCAAACUUUAGUCACUCAAUCUUUUCCCACACCAAUGGAAGAACCACGCAAAGUUCUUCGAGCCCAAUAUUUAGGAUGCACGCAAGUAGCACAGGCUUCUGGUAUGCAAAUAUUGAAUGAUGCAAUAGAAUUACUUGCAUCCACAAAACCAGUCGAGGAAUGGAUACAAGUCAAUGUGGCGGUAGCACCAUCAAUGAUUUCGAUACUUAAACCCGGGGAAAAUAAAUUAAUUGUAGAAUGUCGCGUUCGAUAUUUGUCAUUUUUAGGAAUAGGAAAAAAUGUAAAACAUUGUGCGUUUAUUAUGCACACGGCACAAGAUCAAUUUAUGGCCCACGUGUUUUACUGUGAACCUUCCUCGGGGGCUUUAUGCAAAACUGUAGAGGCAGCUUGCAAGUUGAGGUAUCAAAAAUGCUUGGAUGCGCAUCCAGGCAGUACGGAAGCAGGCAGCAGCAAUGGAGGUGGCAACGACUCAUCUGGUAGAGGUUUGGGUGCCACCAUUAAAUCGUUCGUUGGCUCAUUGACCGGUCGAAGAACACGUGGAGUAUCCUGA